AUGAGCAUGUCGCAAUUUACCAGCGAGAAAUGUUUUGUUAACGAGGCCACUGGACCUAUCAAGCUCAUAGACGUGUUACUACCAAAUCAGAGCAACGAAGUACAGUCUCGACGACAAUUAUACACUGUGCAGGAAAUCGAGUCAUAUUUUCAGACUGCUAAGCCAAGAAACUAUUCACAUCGUCACCUAUCUAUAUGUCAACGGACGUCAUGGAGUCCCUUACAAACUACCAAGGAGAUGCUCGAGCUCUUCGUAUCCACGCAUAACAUAAGUAGUUCGUUCUGGGAUCUCCCGUCUUGCUUUUAUCAUCGAAACAAUGAUGUGGAAAUCAACCAUUGCAUCCCAGUCACUGUAAUUAGGAAUGGCUCUUGGGUUGAGAUUGGAUAUACGAUCCGCUAUCCCGAGUUGAAACCCGACGGGCAGCAAUGGGCUAUUCGCCAAAGUGCUCUCUAUUAUCGACAUGAUGCGAGUACGUCUCAGACUGUAUCAGUGUUGUUCAGCCCAACGCCAAACUCCGCAGCGCAUCAGAAGAUAGAGGAUUCCCUGCUUGGCAUCGACUCUGGCUCAAGACCCCUAUUUGAUCCAUGCCAUAUGCACGAAAUCUUGUUUGCGGCGUAUUUUCCAGCCUUCAGGCAAUAUAUAGCUUCUUUAGAAGCGAAACUUCUACCUAUAACAAGCACCACAUUUUCCACAUUUAUCGAUGAACCCUUACGCGUGGGAUACGAUAACUUGAGCGCUCUAGCAAGCCUUGAAAGCCAGCUUCUUCAGACAUCGAGUUUCUUGUCCCAUGGAAAAGAAGUAUUGCACGAAUUGUCGGCUAUACUGGGUCGGGAAAAAAAGAAUUUCCAAACGGCGGAGGCGCUUGAUAAUUAUUGUCGUCAAGCUCUAGCUCAUAGCCGUACCGCAACGCUCUUGCAACGGCGAGCAAACACUACCACACAACUUCUGACAAACACCCUGUCUUGCCAUGACCAACUUCUAGCCAAACAGCAAAACGAUAAUAUGCUGCGUCUGAAUAAAUCGGCCGUGUUCCUAACCACUCUAACACUUCUAUAUCUACCUGCUUCGUUCGUAGCCGUGAACAUUCUUCGGUAUGAACUUCUUUAA